AUGGCGGAAAUGAUGAAGUCAAUACGUGAAGAGACCCGUAUGUUGAGAUCUCAACAAGGUCCAUCUGGUAAUCCUCAGCAUACCAGUUCAAAAAAUGAGUCGCGGUUUGACAGCCUUCUGCAACAGUAUUUACCAUUACAACGUGAAGGUGGUUUAUCUUCUCAAAGUCCACCUCCUUGGUCGAUGCCACAACAACAACAACAUUUUCAUCCACAUCAACAAAAUUCUCCUAACAAGUAUGGAGGUACAUCACAACAAUUUCAGUACAUAUAUGGACGCUCCUCCCAGUCCCCUCCUUCUUAUUACCCCGAUGUCCCUGCAGGAUCUCAGACGUCACAUCCUAGGCAUCGUGACUUUGGGGAUUCAUCGCAGCAGCAGCAACCACAGCAGAGAUAUGGUCAAUUUGUGAGUUCGUCGCCACAGCAAAGGUAUGGUCAGUUUGAGAGUUUAUUGCAUCAAUCUCCCUCAACGCGACCACAUAUUCGACAAUUUAGAUCAUCUUCGCAGCAGCAGUCUCCACAAGCUUAUAACCCUCCUCCACCAGCACCACAGUUUGCUUCACGACCAUUGUCGCGCCCUAACAUUGGUGAUCAAGAUAUAUUGAUCGGAAUGUUAAUGAAUAUUUUACACCUGGUUGGAUCUAAACAAUAA